AUGACUUCAGUUGCGUCUAAUAAUGUGCCGACAAGGAAAAUGCCAAAGAAAUCUAAGACGGGCCCGACGGUGCGAUUACCGAAACCGAACAUUCAGAGCGAGGGGAUGAGGGAAAGAUAUGAAACCACGGCAUCAAAGAUAUUCGAUGAGGAGGUCUUCGAAAAGAACCCUGAAACCACUAAUACAAAACUGGACAUCUUUCAGACAUCCCCUUUUUUGCAUGAAGACAAAACUGUCAUUGUAAAGUGUCCUCCCCCACCGAAAAAAGAUGAACAAAAAGAAAAGGAUUCACACAUCAGUGAUGCUUUAGAUGCGUUGAAUGGAAUGAGACGAGAACCUUUGGCAACCCAAGAAGUUAAUAGGUCAUCAUCGACUAUGCCGAUCACUGCCAUAGAAGCAUUAGAAAAGAUAUUUGGAAAAGUGCCGGAACAAAAGACUCAUGGUUCAAAUUAUGGAAGGCUGGCUCAAGAUUUUACUUUUCCACCAAGAAAUAAAUCCACAGCAGGAUCUGGAAACAAUGUUGCAUCCUCUUCGAAAAAAGUCAGUGAAUCUAAUGAUACUAAAGAAUCUCCGGAAGAAAUUGAAAAGAAGGAACGAAGGAAGAGUAAUUUAAACGCACUGGCGAAGGAAUUUACGCCUUCUUUUUUUUCUGGCAGCACAUCUACCACCGAAGCCGAUAAAUCCGUUGAUAAAUCCGUUGAUAAAUCCAUUGAUAAAUCCGCUGAUAAAUCCGUUGAUAAAUCCGCUGAUACUUCGGAUUCCAAGGAUGACGAUAGUAGGAAAAAGAAGAGCACUCGGAAGGAGAAACUAAACCAUGAUUUAAACGGUGACUCCGAGAACUCCUACCAGCAUAACAAAAAAAAGCGCCCACAACAUAUUCUUAAUCAAGAAGUCUUGCCAUGUCCAGAUAAUGGUUCGUACGUAUACGAACAUUCAUAUUCCAUGCGAGGACCGCCUACACCUUAUCCAUCUGUGCCAUCACACUGGGAAGAAUUUAAUUCCAAGAUGACUGAGGUUGUUAGUAAAGUACAGUCAGAGGUUCAAAAACAGAUUGAGGCAUUAGCAAAUGAGAUCAAGACGAGCAUGAUUGAACAAAAUUCUGAUGAUACAGAGGAUUCGUCGGUAAAUCGUGAUGUGAAAGAUUCUGAAAGAGGGAACGAAUCAGCAGAAUUGAUAGAGUUCCAGGAGACCUACAUUCAAGAGUUGCGGAAUAAUCGUCAAGAAAUACAAUCUGCUCAUGAUGAAUUACUGUCGCGAUAUGAGAAAUUGCAGACGCAACACCUGGCGCUUCAAGCUGAUCUUAAAGCCGCUCUUCAGGAGAGUCAGGGGGAUGUUCAACGAACAAAUUCCAUCCAGCAGCGUCACAUCGAGCUUCAAAAUAUGCACCAAAAUUUGCAAGCACAAUAUCAACAAGAGCUUAGUCAGAUUGAUGAAAUACAGGCGCGCCUCCAACAGUUGUUGUCCGAACAAUACAAGAUUCAAGAAUCUCAACAGCAGUCUUAUAAUGAUUUAACGCAUUCUCAACGUCGUAUCAGCGAGCUCGAUGCCGAUCUUAAGGAGUCACGCGCGAGAGUUGCACAGUUAACCGCCGAAAAUGUUAAACAUACUGAAGAAAAUAAAACUUUAAAUUCGACCGUUAGCGAGAAAAAUUCGCUUGUUCGUGACUUACAGAAUAUGUAUGAGAAGCUUUACGAAGAAAAUCAGGCGUUACAACAACGUAAUGAGAGGAUGUCGCUUUCAGAAACCAACCAUAUGAAAAAUAUUAGUGACCUUAACUUGAAACUCCGUCAAACUGAAGUAGAUUUUGAGUCGUCAAAGAUUAAAAUUCGUGAACUUGAGAACCUUAUCGAAGAUCUCAAAAUCAAGGAGAAUAGCUCGAGAUCCAUGUUGCAAGAAGUUGAAAACCAAAUAGGUGAACUUCGUAUACAGAAAACUCACCUGCAAGAAAAGCUUGAAAUUCAAUCAAUGCAGAUCAAUAGCAAGAAUCGAGAGGUGGAGGGUAUAAACAAAGAAAUAAAACGGCUGGGGCUCGAAAAUUUGGAACUUGAAAAGAAAAGUAAAGAUGAGCUUUUGCAAGCGCAUAUUACUAUAAGUGAGCUGAAUAAUAAAUUGACCGAAUUGGAGAAAGCACAUGAUCAUAACAAAGCCCUUGAGAGUCAAGUAGCCGAAUAUUCUCAAGUACGUAGUCAUAUGAAGGGUCUAGAGAAAAAAAUCACAGAACUCGAGACAGAAUGUGCCCAGGUGGAACGAUACAAAAGUCACAAUAAUGAAUUGGAGACUCAGUUGAAAGAAUACCAACAGCGCAUUAAGAAUUUCGAAGAUCGCACUGUUCUUCUCGAACAGAAACAAAAAGAACACGAAGCCGAAAGAGAAGAGGUUACGUUAUUGCGAAGUCGCUGUGUUGAACUGCAAAAAGAAAAAGAAGUAUCACUUCGAUACACUCAGGAAUUGGAUGAUGUCAAAAAAGAAUUGCAACGCCUUAGUAUUGAUCUCCGUGGUAGAGACGCAGAAUUGACAGCGGUAAAACUUGAAAGGACCGAAUUGAAAACUCGCCUAAAUGAAGUUGAGCUUGAAAGAAGCAAAUUGGUCAAAGAAAAUAGCACGUUACGAAGCAAUCCGAUUAUCGCAAGCAAUAUUAAUCAUAAUUAUGUAUCUCCCGCGGAUACUCCGAAUCAGGAACUCGAUAUAGCGUAUGGUGGCUCGUUUGAGCAAUAUCCUCAACAGAUAUUCAGUCAACCCUCUAAUUUUAUACCCAACUUACAGUCGUACCCUGCUCCUACACCCAAUGUUCGUUAUACCCCGUUGCAACAGACACAUGUGCAAACUCCGAUGCAGCUCCCGCCCCUUGUUCCGAUGUCACCUAAGAGUCAACAACCUAUUAUGAGUCAACUAACACACGCUGGAGUGUCACAUCCAUAUCAGGCUCAGAUGAAUCACCCACCAACAUUUGCGCCUCAGACGCAGUUGCUAAGUCCAAUUUCGACCCCCCAA